AUGAGUUUUCUUGCUAGGACACUUAGAAUUGCUUUUUACACCAGACAAAAUACUUUUGUUCGCUCAUAUGCAACAGAAACGUCCACAAGUUCAGAUAAAUUACGUUUAAGUUUUGCUUUACCUCAUCAGACACUAUACAAGAAUGAAGAAGUUUAUCAAGUAAAUAUUUCAUCUACUUCUGGUGAUAUGGGUAUACUAACAAGUCAUGUUCCCUCAAUUGAACAAUUAAAACCUGGUCUAAUUGAAAUAUAUGAAAAUCCUUCUUCAUCAAAAAAAAUUUUUAGUAGUGGUGGAUUUGCUGUGAUUAAUUCUGAUUCAACACUUGAAAUUAAUGCUCCAGAAGCUCAUCCAUUAGAAGAUUUUUCAAUUGAGACUGUAAGAAGUAAUUUAGCUGAAGCGCAACGUGUUGUUAAUUCAGGUGCUACAGAUGAAGAGAAAAAUCUGGCUAAAAUUGAAAUUGAAGUGUAUGAAGCUCUUCAAAGUGCAUUAGGAAAAGGAUCAUAA